UGCUUCGCCGGCAUCGAUUAUCCGCGAAGGGGGCCAUGGGAAAGGCGAUGAGGUGGCUGAAGGGCCUCCUCUGGGGUGGCAAGAAGGAUGCCGGCGAACGGAAGGACGGCCGAGACCGGAACGCCGGCAAGCCCAGGGCGCAAUCCGAGGCCGCCCGCAACCCCCUCGGAACGCGGCAGUACCUCGACGCGCGCUUAGCCGAGGCAGAAGACCAGCAGAGCAAGCAUGCGAUCGCGGUGGCCGCGGCAACCGCUGCAGCUGCGGACGCGGCCGUGGCGGCAGCCCAGGCCGCGGUCGCCGUUGUCCGUUUGACGGGUCAGGGCUUUCCCCGGGAGCGGUGGGCCGCCGUCACGAUACAGACCGCUUUCCGUCGAUAUCUGGCGAGGAGGGCGCUUCGGGCACUGAGAGCCCUCGUCAAGUUGCAGGCCCGAGUGAGGGGAUACCUGGUUCGGAGGGAAGCGACGGCAACGCUUCACAGUAUGCAGGCGCUCUUUCGUGCUCAGGCGACCGUCCGGUCGUUUCAAGCUUAUUCUUCUCUUCCGCAAGGCCAGAAACUUUGUUGCGACGCCCGCCCUCGCCGGUCCAUGGAAAGAUUUGAUGACAGAGACCGCGUUGCCGGCAUCCACAGCAAGCGGCUGUCUUCCGCGGAGAGUGGGGAGUCGCCCAAGACCGUCGAGAUCGACACUUACCGGCCGCGGUCUGCCCGCUCGCACCGUAGAAACACUUCCAUCUCCGAUUCAUCCCCGUCCAAGGAUCCCUUCUCCCCGCCGCCGCUGAUGGUGGUGGCGCCGCUUCCGACCGCUGACGGUUGGGGAGCUUGCGACGAGUGCCACCGCCUCGCCUCGACCGCGCAGAGCACCCCGCGGUUCUCAUCCGGCGGUCUGCCGUCGACGCCGGCGAAGAGCGUCUGCGGGCCGUACUUAUUCGCCGACGCGCCGAGCUACAUGGCCAACACGCAGAGCUUCCGGGCGAAGGUGCGGUCCCACAGCGCCCCAAAGCAGAGACCCGAUCCGUUCUUGAAGGGGAGGCUCUCGCUCCACGAGCCGCCCGAGUCUCGGAUCCGAAUGCGGAGGUCCAGUUCCCAGGUCCAGCAGGAGGGAGGCUUCACCUUCCGCAACGCGGUACUCAUGCGUCUUGACCGCUCAGCGGAUCUGGGUCCGGGUUCGGGUCAGAUCCACGAUCCCGAUUACUUGCGUUCCCUCCGUACUCGGUGGUUACGAUAACAACAAGAGAUAAUAAUUACUUCUGUGAAAAAAAGGCACGGAAGAAACAAUUGAAGAGAGAGAAACUCGGCCGUGACGAUGGAAUCGUAGGUGGCGUGUUUGUUAAUCCUUUUAUUUUUUUUUUUCUUGAAUUUUCAUGUGGCAUUUUUAAAUUUAUUUCAUGAUGCUUUCCUUUUUGUAAAUUAAGAACACCACGCCUUAAAGAAAGUAAGAAACGAGAUUUAGAGAAGCACAAUCACAAAUAUUAAUUAUUCAUUAA